AUGGUAGGCUCCAACGCCGGCCGACACACCCGUGAACCGAGCGGCCGGAACAAUGAGCCUAGCGGCCGGCAUCGAACUGCUAGUGUCGUAUCGGUUGGGCUCGGCCAUGCGCGCGAACCCUCUUCCAUGGGGUACCACGCGCGCGAACCGUCCGGCCGCUCACAGUAUACUUCGUCGCGCCGCCCGUCCCAAGCCCAAGCCAUUCCGACCGCCCGCCGGAAUAGCACGUAUGGAUACUCGUUCAGAGAGACGGUGCCGCCGCCGAUUAUAGAUGACAAGUAUUGGGUCGAGGGAGACUUUGAGAUUGUGUCAGCGGACGCGGUGCGGUUCUGCGUGCCGUCUUAUUAUCUUUUGGCUGCUAGCGCCGUAUUCCGCGAAGCAGGCGUCCUCGAUGUCGACCCGGGCCGCGACGACAUUGAGAUGCUGAGCGGCAUGGACGACAUUGAUGGAGUCGACCCCCCACCACUUCCCGGUGUGGUACACGCGCGGUACCUCCGCCUCUCGGAACCUACCGAAACUGCAGCUGUCCUCCGCCUCUUUCUAGCCUUCGCAAGCACGGGCCACCUAACGAUUCCCGACGACGGCACAACGCUCGACAGUCUGGAACAUAUACGCGCCCUAAUCCUCUUCCUAACAAAGUACGAGUGCGAGGGCACCCUCUCCCUCGUCCUAACAGUCCUCCGCGAGGCAGUACGCAUGCCCUCCUCCGUCUCCCCUCUGUCAGCAUUCGUAGCCGGCGCAAGUGCCGGCGACGCAUUCACCUGCUCUGUGGCUUUAGACGUGACGGACUGGACAUGGCGCAUGAUGGACCGGCACGACUUGCCGGCCGCGCCGGACGCCAACGUCUUUGAUCCGCAUCACAUGCCCGUCGCGGUUUGGCAGCUCAUUCCGCCCAUGUAUACGUGGGCACUUACGACGGCAUGGAGCGGCGAUACCAGGAACGUGAGGAGGGAGAGGGGGGAGGAGAGGAGGGAGGAGAGGAGGGAGGACGAUGUGCGCACAAUCCUGCUCUACAUCGUCCUCCCCCUCCUCCCCAUUUAUCUGCAGGCGUAUGUCCUGUUGGGGAAGCAGGGGGAGGUGAUAAGGGCUGUCCGGCGAGCGGCAGCUGGGGUCGCCGUGGGCGGUAUCGUCAAGGCGUGGUUGAGCUUCCGGUUCACCGACCCGAAACUGAACGCAUUCAAUAACGGCUUCACAGUCGUCUUCAUCCAUCUGGCCCUCAAAUCGCUCGAGUUCGCCCUCCUCCACGAUGGCAUCGUCGACCCGUGGCCCAACCGUCCGCGAUGGAGGGCAGCCUUGGACCUGUGCCUCAAUAGCCGGAUGUUGGGUCUCGGUAGCGUAGGGAUAGAUGAUACGGCCGGCCCACCCAACGGAACAGUCGACAGGCCCGUCCUCGCCGGAUACCUUCGCCACCUUGUUCCGCCCGACUCUCCUCUUCGCCCACUAACCCAUACGGCGAGGCGGGCGCGACUUGCGCGAAGGAGAAGCCAAUCAUUCAGUGAUGCAGUGCAGGAGGCCAUCUCGCCGUCAUCGACGCCCGGCCCCUCGCGUCCCAUCACGCCCCAGAACACCAAAGCUACAACCUCCCCCCACCCCACCUCCAUCAAAGGCCUCUGGAGCCGCCGUCCCACCUCGCGCACCGGUGCAAUCGCCCGACAUGUCCUCCACGUCACGACGCACUAUGUUGUCCUCGACACAUUUCUCGCUUUCCUACACCACACUGGCCUCGAGUUAUCCCCCGGCGGACGGGGUACGUUGGAACGUUACGUUCUCCAAUCGCGAUUCAUCGCCCUCCCAGACAUGUUGGGUGGCCGGCUAGCUCACCAUGUCCCACCGGGAAUUCUCACCAUCUGUAUCGAGGCAUGCGUCCCCAUCGUCAUCUGGCAAGGCCUAAAUCUCGGAUACCACGUGGCGGCAGUCAUCUUCCUCUGUGCUGGAUGGGAGGUAGAAUCGUGGAAUGUCGACCUGUUCGAUGCGCCGUGGCGCGCCGACUCCAUCAUCGAUCUCUGGGGACGACGGUGGCACCAGUUGUUCCGACACCAGUUCAUCCUCGCCGCAGCGUCCACCCUCAAACUCUUGAGGUUACCCAACAGGCCAGCCCUCCUGUUCCCUUUGGUGUUUGUGUUCAGCGGCCUGCUGCACGUGCUCGGAGAAAUGAGCAUGGACCCCGUACCGUCCACCGGCGCGCUGUGGGCCUUCUUCCUCCUCAGCGGCGUUGGGUGUGCGCUCGAGAUCACGUUCAAGACCGUCACGGGGCGGCGAGUAAGAGGCAUGCCGGGACGACUCUGGUGCUGGGUCUACACGUUCGUCAUUGGGCGGCUGGCCGCGGACGCGUGGCUUGACGCCGGCGUUGCGGGAUGUAGUCUCCUUCCGCGCGGAGGAGCGGGUGAGUAUAUCGCCCCACUUCUGAUCGGGCGGCUGUUCGAGCGCGUGCCGUGA